CCGGGAGCGAGGGGGCACUCGGGGAUACUAGGAAGCUUGAAAUCCUCCCGGCUUUCCACGACCUCUAGGUCGGACCCCGGCCUGGGCUGGGGACGGGUGGGUGCGCCUCGUAGGCAGCCUGCUGGGACCUCGGGGAGCAAAUAGGCUGGGCAGGGACUUUAGACUGUUAGGUUUAUAGCGGGCUGAGUCUGCAGGGGACCUUUAGGCAGUAGGGGGUGCGGGGAUAUUGCUUGGCAGGAGUGGGAAAGCAGAGAGAGUUGUUAUAUUAUUAUUAUCGGAUUUUUUUGGAGGGAGAGAUGUAUUAGAGGAAUGGGCAGAGCCCAUUCAUUAUAGACUAAAGUUGGAUUUUGACCCUUGACACGAGCAAGAGUAAAAACAGAAUUGGUUACUGGCAUUAACUAUUUAGAAAACAUAUUUGGGGGCCAUCUCAUAUCCUAGGGUGUUUGCAUAUUACUUCCUGUGCCCCUCCCCCUUUCUGUUCUCAAUAUUCAUUUUUAAAAACGCGCCCCCCCUUUUUUUUAAAGCAGAAUGCUAAUUCAGAAUUAAGGUGGGGGCGGGGUGGGUUGAACUGGGGCUCUUUUAGGCUCAGGUGAGGCUNGUGCUGGAACCACGUGGGCAGUCCGUACCUGGGGAUGGAGGUUCUGAAGAUGCUUGUGCUGAGGAGGGCGUGCGGUCUCUGCCCGGGGAGAUGCAGAGCUUUGGGGAGACCUUUGCGGGUCAGAGACAUCAGCACCACGGCUUCCAGGAGCACUGUCAUGCCAGCUUGGGUGAUCGAUAAAUACGGGGCGAAUGAAGUGCUCCGAUUCACAAAGAACAUGAUGUUUCCUGUCAUAUACUAUCCAAAUGAAGUCAUUAUUAAGGUCCAUGCUGCCAGUAUAAACCCUAUAGAUGUUAACAUGAGAAGUGGGUAUGGAGCAAGAGCUUUAAAUAUGAAGCGUGAUCCACUGAUUAGGAAAGACCUUGGACAAGAAUUUCCAUUGACCCUGGGCCGUGAUGUCUCUGGCGUGGUGAUGGAAUGUGGGCUUUCUGUCACCUAUUUCAAACCUGGAGAUCAGGUGUGGGCAGCAGUUCCUCCAUGGAAACAGGGCACUCUAUCAGAGUUUGUCGUAGCCAGUGCAAAUGAGGUGUCUCAUAAGCCCAAGUGUCUCACUCACACUGAAGCUGCAUCCUUGCCUUACGUUGCUCUCACAGCCUGGUCUGCUCUGAGCAAGGUUGGCGGGCUGAAUGACAAGAACUGUCGUGGAAAACGUGUUUUAAUUUUGGGAGCUUCAGGUGGAAUUGGUACCUUUGCUACACAGUUACUGAAAGCGUGGGGUGCGCACGUGACAGCAGUGUGUUCCGGUGAUGCUGCUGACCUAGUAAAGAAGCUUGGAGCAGAUGAUGUAAUUGAUUACAGAUCUGGAAAUGUGGAAGAACAGUUGAAAUCUUUAAAACUGUUUGACUUUGUCCUAGAUAACGUUGGUGGAGGCACUGAAGAUUGGGCUCCAAAAUAUCUCAAAAAAUGGUCAGGUGCCACAUACGUGACGCUGGUCACUCCUUUUCUGCUGAAUAUAGACCAGCUCGGAAUAGCAGACGGCAUGGUACAGACAGGAUUUACCAUGGGCUCUAAGGCACUCAAGCAUUUGUGUCAAGGAGUCCAUUAUCGAUGGGCCUUUUUCGUGCCCAGUGGUGUAUACUUGGAUGACAUCGCAGAGCUAGUGGAAGCGGGAAAGGUCCAACCAGUUAUUGAACAAACCUUCCCUUUUUCUCAAGUUCCCCAAGCCUUCCUGAAGACAGAAGGUGGACAUGCACGAGGAAAGACAGUGGUUAAUGUAGUUUAAGAAAAAGAAAAUACACUGAAUGUUGAUUGACAGAU